AUGACUCAAGAUAAACUUGAAGACUACACCGACAUGUUCAAGGAAGAUGAAUAUGAUCGCAAACCAACACGAAUGCUUGUUUAUGGUCGGCCAGGAAUUGGCAAGAGUACGUUUUGUAAGAAGGCUGCAUAUGACUGGUCGAAAGCAUUAAAAGAAGUUCUUAUGAACUUUUACAUUUUCCUUCUGAUCAAGUUGCGAGAUGUGUGUGAUUCGGAAGACAUCCGUGAUGUUUUACGUGCGUCUAAAUUGCUGGCGAGUGAUGGUCCGAUCUCAGUCGAUAGUCUCAAUGAUUACAUAAUCAACAAUCAAGAUAAAGUGCUUCUUAUUUUGGAUGGCUACGAUGAGUACAGCUGUGCAAAAGCACACUCACCUAUUCUAGAAAUUUGGAGGGGCGAGCAACUAAGAGAUUGUCACGUUAUUGUCACCACGCGACAACUUAAAUGCGACGAGUUAAUAGGCCCCAGCCACGUUCAGUUGGAAAUUCAGGGUUUCAAGAGCUGGAGUCAAAUCGUAACCUUUGCGAGAAAGUUUUUGGCUGGUGAACAAGAUCUUGACGAGUUUAUGUCCUACCUGAAAGAAAAAGAUCUCCUUGGCAUGGCAGAAAUGCCUCUCCUCUUACUGAUGCUGUGUAUUUUGUGGAAAGCGAAACAUCACGAAGGACUGCCAAAAUCACGAGCCGACAUAUUCACGCAAUUCAUUCAAACCAUGUUAGAUCACAAAGGUGAAGGUCAACAGCCUAUACCGUUUGUGGAAGUGACCUCUAAUGAAGCCAGAGAAGACCUGAGCAAUCUUGGAAAGGCUGCCUACGAAGCACUGCUACAAGACCGUCUUUACGUACGCUGUAGUAAACUCCUCGGCAAUAUUUCAAGAAGUUUUCAAAGAUUAAGUAAAGUUGGGCUUUUCCAGAUUGUGAACGUUACGAGUCUCAAUCCUGAGAAAGGGGCCUAUUUCAUUCAUAAAUCCGUGCAAGAGUUCCUUGCAGUCUGGCACAUUAAGGAGGAAGUGUUGUCAGUUAAAGGAGAUAGUACGCCUAGCCUUUCCAAAGUUGAAUCAUUUGAACAGAUCGUGAAGAUGAAUGAAGUUCUCAAAUUUGCCUGUGAGUUGUCAACAGAAGCCGCGUGCGCAGUUUUCUGUCAUGUAGGGUCUGUUGGAAGAAAGGAAUCUUUGUCGGAAUGUGAUUUUAUUGAGCUGAUUCAGCAGAUUGAAAAACCGUUGUCUCAAAACCAAAAACUAUAUCUAGAGCUUAUAUCGCAUAGCUACAUUUGUUGUUCAGCCGAGAAGAGACAAGAUCUCUGCUCAGUGUUUCCCUCUUACACUGGAGGUGUUUUGUUUCUUGAUUCUAACCAGCUGAACAUUACUGCAAAUGGACAUUUGCUGAAAUCUGCCGUGAUACCCGACUUUAUCUUUUUUCCUCGCUACGUAGUGGAUUCAGAGAAAAGCUAUCGAAACUUGAUCACUGUAGCGGAGGACACAAAUGCUGUUAUUUUGAGCUGUUCGGGAGAAAAGAAAGCCGCAGAUUUUCUACAGAAGUUCCCGCGUCGUCCUUUGAAAGAGUUCUUCUUGAAGAGAGAAAGAAAAAUUAUCCUUUACAUUCUUCAGUUACGGAAAGAAGGAAUUGAUGACACUUCUUUAACUGAAAUGCUGCGAGAGCCCAUUUCAUCAAGAGGAGAGUCUACUCAGGUGAAGCGUGUCGGUGAUUCGUUGAAUGAACACGACAACGAAACAGCUUCGUGUUUGAAUAAGAACACUGAUAGCAUCACUGGUCCCACUCCAAACAGCCUUUCCUGUGUGAGGAACAUUUUUAUUUACGACAUAGAAAGGCAAGAGAUGAAGAUGUUGGCUGACUGUUUAUCACUUUGCACUUCUCUAAGAUGGAUAUAUAUUGUUGGUAAACCCUUUGAAAGCAUUGAUGCUCGGUUGACAGAGACCCUGGUGUCUCAUAUCAUCUUUACUGACAGACUUGUGAGAUUAUUACUAGAGGAUAUCAAUUUAACAGCCAAACCUGCCGCAGCCAUCGCCAGAUCUCUGCACGAGGCUCCUAGCCUGCGCUGGCUCCUCUUGGUGAAGGAGUAA